GCGCGCUCCCGCUCCGGAGAUCUCCGUGCCGUCUCCACACACAAGCGCUUUGUUUCGUGGGACAAACGACAUAAAAUGGAAACCAUAAAUAGGUUCCAAGAAUCUCAAGCCUGAUGCACUCUCGAGACAGUUUGGGCAACCAGAGGGAGAGUCUUGUCCAGAACCCAUUCUCCCCACUUACAGGCUGGUGGCCCCAUCCAGUGGGAUAUUGAGACGGCUGUCAAGAGGGCCCAACUGCAGCAGCUAGGACCAGAUAAUCGUCUAGUUUUAUGAAUCCAAACACCAACCACACAACUCUUUGACAAUCCUCAUCUGAACUGUUCAUCAUCACGUAACCAUGGAGACUGUGGUGAUCAUGGCCAUAGGUGUGCUGGCUACCAUCUUCCUGGCAUCAUUUGUGGCACUGUUGGUGGUGUGCCGCCAUCGAUACUGCCACCCUUCUGACUUUCUACACCAGUUUGAUUCCAAACCCACAGUGGAUCUGAUUGGUGCAAUGGAGACCCAGAGUGAACCAUCUGAGUUGGAGUUGGAUGAUGUUGUCAUCACAAAUCCUCAUAUUGAGGCCAUGCUGGAGAAUGAGGACUGGAUCGAGGAUGCCUCUGGCCUUGUGUCUCACUGCAUUGCUAUUCUAAAGAUAUGCCAUACACUCACUGAAAAGCUAGUUGCCAUGACAAUGGGUUCUGGAGCAAAGGUCAAAGCGCCUGCCAGCCUGAGUGACAUUAUCACAGUGGCCAAGCGCAUCAGCCCAAGGGUGGAUGAUGUGGUUCGGUCUAUGUACCCUCCACUGGACCCUAUUCUCCUGGACGCUAGGGCCACUGCCUUACUGUUGUCCGUCAGUCACUUGGUGCUGGUAACACGGAACGCCUGCUACAUGUCUGGCAGCCUGGACUGGAUCGACCAAUCACUGCAUGCAGCUGAGGAUCACAUGGUUGUGCUAAGAGAGGCGGCUUUAGCAUCUGAACCAGAGAGAUAUUUGCUGGAGAGGGAGCAGUCUAUUUGACUCACACAAAAGUACAUGAGACUUUUU